AUUGUUGGUAUCGAUGCCAGAGUCGAGGAAGGUUGCGGACAAAUUUCUAUAAAUGUAAAAGUAGGCCGGUGACAGGCGUUGGUAAGAGGCAAAGAGAUACUCAGUACGAUACUUACGUAUCCGAAUAUCAUUUAACAGCAGGUGUUUGCUGUUAAAGAGAAAUUACGGCUGAAUAUGCCAUAUAACGAAGAAUACAUUAAAGAUAAAGUGACCACGGAAUUGAAAGCUUCACACGUGGAGGUGGUAGAUCAAUCCGAUGGUUGCGGUGCCAAAUUUUCGGUGCUUGUCGUCUCCGAUUUAUUUCAAGGAAAACCUUUGCUCCUACGUCACAGACUUGUGUAUGGAAUUUUGGAAGAAGAAUUAAAGACGAUUCACGCCAUUUCGUUGACGACAUUAACGCCGGAGCAGUGGGAAAAAACGAAGAGCUAAUUGUUGAAAUUUGUUAAAUUCCUUUGAAAA